AUGUCUUCCGAACUCGCUGCUACCUACGCCGCUCUUAUCCUCGCUGACGAGGGUAUCGAGAUCACCGGUGACAAAAUCGUCUCUCUCGCUACCGCCGCCAAGGUCGAAGUUGAGCCUAUCUGGGCUUCCCUUUUAGCCAAGGCUCUCGACGGUAAAGACGUCAAGGAACUCCUCACCAACGUCGGUGGUGGUGGUGCCCCCGCCGCUGCUGCCCCAGGUGCCGCUGCUGCCGCUGGUGGUGCCGCCGACGAGGCCGCCCCUGCCGAAGAGAAGAAGGAGGAGGCUAAGGAGGAAUCCGAUGAUGACAUGGGUUUCGGUCUCUUCGACUAA